CGUUAUGUACAAAGCAACGAAUAAUUCAAAAGUCGAGGUAUCGACAAAGGAACAAACCGAAACUUUAAAAGUUGGUACUUCCUCUUCCUCUACCAGUGAUAUCUCUUCAUUGAAUCCAAAUGACAGUGAUAAAGGCUUGAAAAGAACAUUGAAAUCAAGACAUUUAGCUAUGAUUUCCAUAGGAGGUGUUGUUGGUCAAGGUCUCUUCUUAUCAUCUGGUGCCAAUCUUGCUAAAGCCGGUCCUGCUGGUCUUUUAGUUGCUUAUGUUAUCAUUGGUUUCGUGGUGUAUUGGGUAGCUGUUGAACUGGGUGAAAUGGCUGCAUAUAUUCCUAUUUCUGGCUCAUUUACUGUUUACUGUCGUCGUUUUGUUGAUAAAUCUUUUGGUUCUAUCAUCGGUUAUAAUUAUUGGGCAUGUUGGUCUAUUAUUGUUGCAGUUGAAUUAGUCGCUAUCCCGCUUGUUAUGAGAUUUUGGACAGAAGCAGUUCCAGAUUGGGCUUGGUCGGGUAUAUUUUUGGUUCUUAUGUUUGCCAUGAAUUUAUACGGUGCCAGAGGUUGGGGUGAAGCUGAAUAUUGGUUCAGUUUAAUCAAAAUUAUUUGUGUCAUUGUUUUCGUUAUUGUGGGUUGUUUAACUUCUGGUGGUGUUAUUGGUGGUACUGUUUAUGGCUUCAAAUAUUGGAAAGAUCCUGGAGCUUUCUCCAACGGUGUUCUCGGUGUCAUUAAUGCCUUGGUACUAGCUGCACUUAGUAUGACAGGUACAGAUAUUGUCGGUGUUUCUGCCGGAGAAUCUGAUAAUCCAAGAAAGGCUAUUCCUCAAGCUGUCAAGAAUGUUUUCUUCCGUAUCAUCUUUAUCUACAUGCUUUCUGUAUUUACUAUGGGUAUGCUAAUCCCUUGGAAUGACCCUCAUAAUCUUAGUUUGAGCGGAAGAGAUGUUACUGUUUCACCAUUCACUUUGGUAUUCCAAUUGGCUGGAUUAAAAGGCGCUGACAGUGUAGUUAACGCCGUCAUCUUGAUUACUUUCAUCUCCUGUGGUAACAGUGGCAUGUAUGUGACAACUAGAACUCUUUGCGCACUUGCUAAUGAGGGUAUUGCUCAUAAAAAAUUUGCAUAUGUCAAUAGUCGUGGUGUACCAAUUUAUGCUUUAAUUUGUACCAGUGCUGUGUCACUUGUCUGUUUCUUAACCUCUUGGAUUCCUGGCUCAGCGCUUUUUAUGGUGUUGGCGUCUUUGGGAGGUAUUGCUGGCUUGAUUACCUGGUUCGGUAUUGCCUUAUCUCAUUAUCGAUUCCGAAAGGCAUUGCUUGUCCAAGGAAAAGACUUAAACCAGUUACCAUAUAUGGCCCCUGGUCACCCUUCGAUGAACAUUUUGGUGAUGGUUGUUUGUAUUGUCAUCAUCUUGAUUUCGGGUUGGUCCUAUUUUGUACCUGCAGAUGCUAUUGGUUUAGUAGGAUCUUAUGCUGGUGCGCUGAUUGCUCUUUUUGGGUUCCUGGGUCUUAAAUACUGGACCAAAUCUAGAUUGAUUCCUCUGGAUGAAAUUGAUCUUGACACUGGUGUUAGAUAUUUCACUGUAGAAGAAUUGGAUGCUGAAAAAGACCAAAAUAAGAACGAGAGUUUCUUUAAAAAGUUGAUUUCAAACAUUAUUUAAAUUGAAUGAUUAUUCCCCCUUUUCUUCUUUAAAAAAAACACUUG